ACUCUCCUCUUGGACUUCUCCCUCCCAAGAUUUGAAAUUCCCUCCACAUUUCCACAAGGCCACCGUGCCAAAACAGAAGAAAGACAUUCGGUUCCGUUCAGGGAAACUCCUAGUCACUGUGACUGAUCUAUCAUCUUCGCAAAGAAAGCCACCAUGGCCACCCACCAAGACGAUCUUGAUCUUCUUCUGUCUCUUCAAGAUAGGGUUUUGGAAACCCCACCUGCUUCUCCUUCUACCACUCGCUUCUCGGAAUCAGGUUACAUUUCGGAUGAUGGGUCACCGAAACGAAAGGGCUGUAAUGCGGACAUGUCUGUAUUCAAAAAUGCUGUUGAAGACUACCUCGAAGAUGAGCCCGACAUCCUCGAGAAGGUUCCCAAGCUGACCAAGCCCAAGAACUUAAAUGAUGCUGAUGUUGAAAAGUUUUCGGGUUUGCGAAUUAGGAAUCAGUUGCUCUCCCCCGCUGAACUGAGCAGCCAUUUCUCUGAUAUCCGCUUUGUCCGAUUGCCCGUAAUAAGGAAUUUGCUGAUGGGUGAUACUCUUUCCGGUUGUUGGGCGACUGUUGGAGUUUUGACCGAGAAGGGGAAUCCAAAAGUGAGCUCCACCGGAAAGAAUUAUUGUAUAUGGAAAAUUGGUUGUUUGGAUGAAAAAACUGUUCCUGUUUUCUUGUUUGGAGAUGCUUAUACUAAGUACUGGAAGGAACAUGCAGCGACUGUAUUUGCUUUUUUCAAUUCCAAUAUUCGAAAGGAUGCCGAGGGCAAGGGGUUUUCUCUGAGCGUGUAUUCAGCUGGUCAGAUUUUAAAGAUCGGCACCUCUGUGGAUUAUGGAAUAUGCAAAGGAAAAAGGAAGGACGGGUUGACUUGUACAAUGAUCAUAAAUAAACGCCAUGGCAUGUUUUGCAAGUACCAUAUGUCGAAAGCAUCCCAAAAAUACUCUGUUAGUCGUCCAGAGCUCAGAGGAGGCAACUUGCAGACAGCCUUUAUGAAACCCCUGAAGUCUGAAGGAAUAUACUUGGUUGAUCCUCUCUCAGACAAAAGUAACUUAAGAAAGCCCAUGCAACCAGUUAAAGUGUUAUCUGUGGAUGGACUAAAGAAGGCAUUAAGUAAUGCAGGUAAAGUGACAACUAAUGCUCACUCACAAGGAAUAAGAUUCCUCACGGAAGUUACAGGAAAGAUGCAUCCUAAAAGUUCAAGUAAAGGAUAUGAGAUGCAUGAUCAGAAAAAUGGUAGCUCUGGUAGCUCAGAGAAGAGGUUAUCAUCAGCCAUGAUGUCGACUUGCACCAAUGUAAAAAACCAAAAUUCAGAGGCAAAAAGAAAGAAAACUGAUCAGACGGUGAAGAUGAUUGAAUUGGAUCUUGUUAGCUCAGAUGAAGAAGGGUGAGACCCGGGGGUGAACCCUUCUCACCAAUCAGGCCAUUAUUUACCCCUUGCUUGUACCAUAGUCAUCAUGCCUUCAUCUUGUAUUGCAAGGAGAACGUAAAGUUUAGCAAAUGGAAAGAUCGAUGCCAUCAACCUUCGUUGGUGGCUGAAGGAAAUUCAAGUGGUUUUUCUCAACUCCACAUUCAAUGGAUUGAAAAAGUUCACAACUAACUUAUCCCUAAUAUAUAAAACGCAGCAGGAUAAUUUGUACCGGAAGUUCUCCAAAAGAAUAGAGCCACUUGAACAAAAAGCUUUUUUUGACACUUGCAUUUGUCUGUUCCUGCAAAUGCUUAUAGAUUAUCUGUUGAUAA